CCGGGCAAGAUGGGUGGGCAAGCAAGAUAAGUCUUCAGAGCGGAAGGACUGUCAUAUAGAAUGAAAAGGAAAACAUCGAAGAGAAUAGGGAAAACUCUGCUCCCAACAUGGCUGAAACAGUAGCAUUGAACUCGCCACGCUUCCAGCCUUGACUAGCCGCUCCCUGACGGCGACGCCUGGCUUUAGGCAGCUCGCUCGGUGCGGGACCGGGGCUACGCCAACCCGCGAGACCACCGAAAACCAGGGCCGGAUCCCAUCUCCUCCGAGCGCCGGGGAACCUUUGUUCUGUCUUUGGUUCCCGCCGGAAAAGGGAGGGGCUGCGCCGCUUCCGGUCAGUCCCGCCCUCCUUCCGCCCUGGGCCAUGUGGGACGCCGACCAAGUGGCGUCCCUCUGCUACCGACAUUAUGAAGCGCGGCUGCCGAAGCAGGGGAAGCCGGGACGCGGCACGCGCGAGUGGACUGAGCUGGCCGCGGUGCUGCGGGCGGAGCGUGCGGAAGGUGGCGGGGCGCCUCCCGCAGUGAAAGAAGUCGUGGCUAUGGGAACCGGCACGAAGUGUAUCGGCCAGUCCGAGAUGAGGGAGACGGGGGACGUCCUCAACGACAGUCACGCGGAGGUGGUGGCCAAGAGAAGCUUCCAGAGGUAUCUUAUUCAUCAACUUUGGCUAGCUGCUGUAGGUCAGGAGCCUAGCAUUUUCACCCCUGGGACCGAAAAAGGGAAAUGGCUUCUCAAACCGCUUAUCAGCUUUGUUUUUUUUACCAGUCGCACACCUUGUGGGGAUGGCUCCAUUAUCCCAAUGAUGGAAAUGGAUGCCCAGCCAUGUUUGCUCCUGAGCCUUAAAAAAGUACCCAGAAUGAGCAGCAGUGACUGCAGAGUACAAGAGAGCUAUAAAAGGGAGAUUGAAGAAACAGUCACUGGUUCCUCUCCCAAGAAACCAAGAAUGGAUGAUAGCAAUUCUAUCAAUAAUUCAGAGUUCCCAGCUGAUCACCUUAGAGGAACCCAAAUAGUGGAUCUACAUAGAACAGGGGCCAAAUGUGUCCAAGGAGAAAUAAUGGAUUCUCGAAGGCCAGGCGUUGAAUAUCAUACCAUAGGGCUGCUACGGAUCAAACCAGGCCGUGGGGCCCAGACAGCCUCCAUGUCUUGUAGUGAUAAACUGGCACGCUUGAAUGUUCUUGGCUGGCAGGGAGCACUUCUGAUGCAUUUCCUUCAGCAGCCUAUCUACCUGCCAGCCCUGGUGGUGGGUCAGUGCCCCUACAGUCGGGAAGCUCUGCACCGGGCCAUUGUAGCAAGGUGUCAUCUAGUCUCACAUUUGCCAGAUGGUUUCCAGGUUCAAGAGUUGGAAAUUCUACAGUCCCGGCUAGGUUUCAUCCAUAGUCAUGAAGCAGCCAAGUCUGGCCAUUUUCUGGGACAAGGAAAGGUAGUGUCCUGUGGCACAGCUAUCAGUUGGAGUGCUGUCCCAGAGCAUCCGUUAGAUGUCACUUCACAUGGUUUUAGACAAGGGACUUCCAAGAAAAGGAUUGGGAGCUUGACAUCCAGAUUCCUGUCUGCCUUGGCUCUGCCUAGAGAGCGAUGGAAGUGUCCUUGUUGCAGUUCAAUAGAACCAGCCAUUCGGAUGGCAAAACGGGGGAUCUUUGGGUUGAUUAAGAAAAAGCAGAGGUCUCGAAUUUGCAAGGUGGAACUUUUCCAUGCUUUUCUAGAGGUGGUGGCCAGCAUUCCUCCGAAAAACCUACCAGAAACUCUCACAGCCAAGAGACUGCAGACAUACUGGGAGUACAAAGAAGCUGCUGCUUCAUAUCAAGAGGCGUGGAAGGAACUGCGCAGCCAGACCUUUGGUGCCUGGGUGAGGAACAGCCGUCAUUACCAGUACUUCACAUGAAGAAUGAACCGAGUGACUGCCUGACUAUCACUUACGCAUCUCUCAGCUAUUUGGCACAAUUAAUGCUCCAUUUUAUUUUUUUUACCAUAGCAAAUACUAAGAACAUGUCAGUGCUUUUGGUACUAUUCCUCUGAAAAUGAUGUCUUCCUCCAAAACACAUUGGGAAGAUUUUGGAAUAAAGUAUAUAUACGCCUUUC